GCUCGACAGUUGGCGCGAUCUGAGUUCAGCUCAACUGCAUUCAAACCAUUGCUCCUCGUUUAUCUCUAGCUGGAGGAAGGAUGACAACAACCCUGGGACUCCGGUCCCCUGUUUCGCGGUCUGGAGCGGUAUCGCCUCAACCUCCUAGACCCGCCUUCGAUACGGAGGUGUUGCGAGCAUACGUGAAGAAACUAUUGCCAGCAACGCUUUCGCAUGCUGUGUGGUCACCUAUUGAACGAGACCAAGUAAAAGCGUGGAUGAAGGAGAUUGGAGAACGCGUCAAAGAGCGGAUGGUGGAGAUUCAGCCACAUGGAUUUAAGUAUAUGGUCUUGGUCCAGAUCACGGAGAAUAUGGGGCAAGGUGGCCGGUCACAUAUGGUGUCUCACUGGGAGGACGGCGAUGUCUGCUUGAACGAACUCUUUUACAAUGACUCAUUAUUCUGUACAUGUACCGCCAUCGCGGUGCGGGCCUCAUGACACAUCUUUGGGUUGCCGUUACCCUCUGUUCAAAGGCCUUGAAUCUAGGCUUAACUUUCGCGCACUCGAUAACCGUAAUCACUUGCACUAAAACCACGAUAUGUCACGAAAUUGCAUAAUUACUACACUUUAUUCGACGACUACGCAAUCGCGUCAUUGGAUCACCUCA